GAGCAGGGGGUUGGACUAGAUGACUUCUUGAGGUCCCUUCCAACCCUGAUAUUCUAUGAUUCUAUGACAUGGCUGGGUUGAGAUUGUGAACUAUGCACCAAAAUGUUCUCCAGCAGGACCAUCUGCUUGUGUCAGUUCCAGGGGCUGUUCUUGCAUGUCCCUGUCUCUCUCACGGCUGUCCCUUGUCAAUUCUCUAUCCUUCUCUGCGAGGAGACCUUUUCUCUACAUCCGUGCCUUCUUAACCCUCUUCUGAGAUGCAGACACAAGGUCCCCAAACAUCUCAUCUUCCUUUUGCUGCCCUGAAAAUUUGUUGGGCAGUUAGAGGUUGAAAACACUCCUGGCCGGUGUUUGGGGGGCGUGGAGGGGCGCCAGGUGCAGGAGCUGCAAAACAGAACAAGUAGUUAUUGUUCUAAUUCCAGUCUUCAUGGCAACAAUGAGAAAAUGUUGCUGUCUCUUCAGUUUUGGAAUACCACUCCUGUCGUCUCUCCCAGCCUAGGGUGGGCUUGGAGAUGGUAAGACAUUUGCCACCUCCCCUCACCGUCAGAUAGGACCCCAAACCAAUCCUGGGUCGCUGGUAGGCUGUGGGGUUGGGGCUUGGGGUUGGAUGGUAAGGCUAAGGGGUGGCAGCAGGGGACAGGUUACUAACUUCAUGUACAUCUCUGAUUCUCAGAUUGCAAGGCCAGAGGAACCUCUGUGAUCAUCCAACCUGACCCCUGUAGAACACAGGCCAAAAGAACUGCCCCAAAAGAAUUCCUAGAGCUGAUCUGUAAGAAAACAUCCCGUCUUGAUUUAAAAUUGUCAGUGAUGGAGAAUCCACCGUGACCCUUGAAAAUGGAAUUUCAUGGGCAGAACUGUGCAGAUUUUGGUGAAAACUCAAUAACUGGAAGGGGAAAAAAUGGGGAACACAUGGAGCCCUGGCAUCUGGUUAGCAGACCCAGCAUUUCAACCACUUCUGCCAUCAUCAUCCCAGAUCAAAGAACCAGUUGAUGUUGCCACCUUCCAGCACAACCCCUGCUAGCCAGGGUGAGUGACCCAGGGUGAAGAGCUGGAAGAGACAGAGGAGCUAGAGGAGUUAGAGGAGCUAGAGGAGGAGGAGGACGACGAGAUGGGGAGUGGAGCAAGCGCUGAAGAUAAAGAACUGGCCAAAAGGUCCAAGGAGUUGGAGAAGAAACUCCAGGAAGAUGCAGACAAGGAGGCGAAGACGGUCAAACUGCUGCUGUUAGGUGCCGGGGAGUCAGGCAAGAGCACAAUCGUCAAACAGAUGAAGAUUAUCCACCAAGAUGGUUACACGCAAGAAGAGUGCCUGGAAUUCAAGUCCAUCAUCUACGGCAACGUGCUGCAGUCAAUCCUGGCCAUCAUCCGAGCGAUGUCCACGCUGGGGAUAGAUUACGUCGAACCAGGACGAGGGGAUGAUGGGCGGCAGCUGUGCAACUUAGCAGAUUCCAUCGAGGAGGGCACCAUGCCCCCAGAACUAGUGGACUGUAUAAAAAAGCUGUGGAAAGAUGCGGGAGUCCAGGCCUGUUUUGACAGAGCAGCUGAGUACCAGCUCAACGACUCCGCUUCCUACUACCUGAACCAGCUGGAUCGGAUCACAGCCCCCGAUUACCUCCCCAACGAACAGGAUGUACUACGAUCUCGAGUGAAGACCACUGGGAUCAUAGAGACCAAGUUCGCUGUCAAAGAUCUUAACUUCAGGAUGUUUGACGUGGGAGGACAGCGGUCAGAGCGCAAAAAGUGGAUCCACUGCUUCGAAGGCGUGACCUGCAUUAUCUUCUGUGGAGCCCUCAGCGCCUAUGACAUGGUGCUAGUAGAGGAUGAUGAAGUGAACCGCAUGCAUGAGUCCCUGCAUCUGUUCAACAGUAUAUGCAACCACAAGUUCUUUGCUGCCACCUCCAUUAUUCUGUUCCUCAACAAGAAGGACCUCUUUGAGGAAAAGAUCAAGAAAGUCCACCUCAGCAUUUGCUUCCCAGAUUACGAUGGUCCCAAUACAUUUGAAGAUGCAGGAAAUUACAUCAAGAAUCAGUUCCUUGAUCUCAACAUGCGAAAAGAUGUGAAAGAAAUCUACAGUCAUAUGACCUGUGCCACAGACACACAGAACGUUAAAUUUGUGUUCGACGCAGUCACGGAUGUCAUCAUCAAAGAGAAUCUCAAGGACUGUGGUCUCUUCUAGAACUCCAACUUUUGCAG